AAGGUAAAGAUCAGAGAGACUAUGCAUUAUAUUAACGGAACACUUAUUCCCAAAUCUGUUUCCUUCACUGUGGGGGAACACAUAUAAGAACAACACGCCUACCGCUUCUCUGUCUUUUUACUUCUUCCCGUGGAGGCGGCAGUCCGUUAUCUGAUUGGCUAAUUCAGAAAGAGGCAGGCCCCCGUGUGUGACCCGCCCCUUCCUUUCCGCUUAGGGAGGAGCUAUUCCCUAGGAAGUGCCCACUUGACUCCGCCUUCCGGGCUGUGAAGGUGAAGGCGCCGAAUUUGCCUCCGCGUCAUCUUCCGUUGGAGGCGGUUUGUGCCGUGGUUGGAACCUGAAUCUUGAACUUCCUGAGGAGAGCAUCUGAGCUUCAGAGUUCCUACAAGGUUUCUUUGCAAGGAAAGAGACCAGAAACUUCAGUCAACUGCAAUUCUGUCACAUCUUCCAUGAUGUUUCCCUUGAUCAGAAAUGCACUAAGUAGUCUGAAGAUUCAAAGCAUUCGGCAAAUUAGGGCAAGACAGAGCCAUUCCAAACAGUCACCAGAUUUUCAUGACAAAUAUGGUAAUAUUCUACUAGCCGGUGGAGCCACUUUCUGUCUUGUUGCAUGGGUGUUUACAACCACACAGAUUGGAAUAAAAUGGAACCUGUCCCCUGUUGGCAGAGUCACUCCAAGAGCGUGGAAUGAUGAGUAACCAUCAAAGUUACUGUAAUACAAGGUUGUUUCAAAAUCAACUUGUCAUUUAAGUACACUGUUGCUCAUUUGAAUACAGCAUAAUUGAAUAAAUAAAAUGCAUUUGAAACCUUUGGAAAGUCAUUGAAAAUAGUCAUUAUAGUGCCUGGAAGCAAGGCAGUAGCAGUGGGUAUAGAUUACAGGGGAUUAUGAAUAAUAAAUAUUUGAAAGUA